UUCGAACUCUUUGGGAGAGGGUGACAGACGAUGGAUAGGUGAUAGUUGGGGAACACAGUUUUUUUUAUUUGCCUUAUAGAUCAGAGAGAUGACCGUCAUACCAAUUGGUAUACGUCUGCUACCUUCACUGGGUGGACCAAAUUCAGUGAGAACUGUUAGAUAUAAGAUCUUCAUCCUUAUAUUUACUUUCCUGUGUUAUACCAGCUAUCACCUAUCCAGGAAGCCAAUUAGUGUUGUUAAGAGUGUCCUGAAUAGAAACUGCUCUGUGUCCUUGGAUCACGAAGAUGUCUUCAACAUCAGCAGUCAUGGAAAUAAUACCAAGUGGUGUGACUGGAAACCCUUUGACAAAGACAAUGCAAAUUCCCUCCUUGGGAGUCUUGACUUGGCCUACUUAUUUGCCUAUGCAGUUGGAAUGUUCCUCAGUGGCCACAUAGCUGAGAGGAUGAACUUGCGUAUAUUUUUGUCCAUGGGCAUGAUAGGCAGUGGUAUUAUGACAGCAAUGUUUGGGAUGGGGUACUUUUGGAAUAUCCAUACCAUUGCUUUCUAUAUAGGAGUUCAGGUCAUCGGGGGAUUAUUGCAGAGCUCUGGUUGGCCUUCAGUUGUAACAUGUGUGGGGAACUGGUAUGGAAAAGGAAAGCGGGGACUGAUCAUGGGAAUCUGGAAUUCUCAUACAUCUGUGGGGAACAUCCUGGGGUCACUCAUAGCUGGCAUCUUUGUGAACACAGUUUGGGGAUGGUCCUUCAUAGUCCCUGGAAUCAUCAUUGCUUCCUUAGGAGUCCUUGUUUUCCUGUUCAUGGUGCCAACUCCAGAUGAAGUGGGGUGUGAUUUGCCUGAUCAAUCAACAUCAACAUCAACUAAGAUACAACAUUAUGCAGAAGAUGUUUCAGAAAAGUCAGAUUUAGAAGAUGAUCCCUUGAUAGAGUCACUUAAAAGUGUCAAUCGAAGCGCAGAAUAUGGAUCAACAAAUAGUCAAACCUCAUUAGUUUCUCUGGACAAAAAAGAAAAACCCAUAUCCUUGUUCCGGGCACUUCGGAUUCCAGGGGUGAUAGAGUUUUCUCUGUGCCUUUUCUUUGCCAAACUUGUUAGUUAUACAUUCCUGUAUUGGUUACCGAAAUAUAUUCAUGUCAAAGCUAAUUAUGAUCCAGAGAAGGCUGCAGACAUCUCCACCCUGUUUGAUGUGGGAGGAAUUUUUGGGGGUAUUAUGGCAGGGCUGGUUUCUGACUUCACUGGUAUGAGGGCAGCCACCUGUGUUAUUAUGUUAGUCAUUUCGGCACCUGUACUGUAUAUUUAUAAUUUAUAUGGCAGUAUAAGCUUAGCACAUAGCAUAGGGCUAUCUAUGUUAUGCGGGUUCUUUGUUAAUGGUCCUUAUGCUCUGAUUACCACUGCUGUUAGUGCAGACUUGGGCACUCACAAAGUCCUACAGGGGAAUGCCAAAGCCUUGUCAACAGUCACUGCCAUUAUUGAUGGAACUGGAAGUAUAGGAGCUGCAGUAGGCCCCCUUUUGGCUGGAGUGAUUGAAUCCUCAGGCUGGAACAAUGUCUUCUACAUGCUGAUAGCUUCUGAUGUUAUGGCUUUAUUGCUCUUACUGCGCCUAUUUUACAAAGAGAUGGUUGUCCACUUUGGUAGAGGCACCGCUGUUAGCUAACCCUGUCUCCUGUGGCCUUGAACAUGACUGAUCUCAAUAUGGGGACCCCCCUCUCCUGUGAUACCAGAGAUUUUAUCCAGCAUUUUCCACUUUUUCUUUAAUUUUUAGCGACAAAUUCAUUUUAAUACUUUUCCUUUUAAUAAGAAAAAGAAAAAUUAAGGUUGUAAAUUUUAUUUGAAAAAAAUGAGCCCUUGUGCAAAAAGGUUGUAUGAAUCUUUUAAGGGGAUUAGAGUUAAUUGAAAAAUCAGAAAAUGUAUGAUUUCCUUAAAAUUGCUGUAAACAUACUUUUUCCUUGGGGUCAUAAUUCCCAAAAUCAAAAUUUCUGUUCAAUCAAAUAGAAAAAUUUGGUGGAUUUCUUGGAUUGCCUUUUAUGUUUGAAAAGAACUUUCAGUAUGCUGUGACAAUUUCCGCAGAAAAUUUGUGAGUGCAUACAUAGCAUAAAGAAAUACCAUGCAGAAAAAACUACCGUAUAUACUCGCCUAUAAGUCGGUUUUUUGGGAGUUAACUUUUGGUCUAAAACGCUAUGUCCGACUUAUAGGCGAGACAUCAAAAGCUUGGUAUUUUUCUGGACGACAACAUGAGGUAAUUUUUACAUAACUUCGACGAUUAUCGUUGAGAAAUGUCUGGACGUAUUAUAUUAUUUAUGUAUUCUAAGAUUAUAAAUUAUAAAUAAAGUACAAGUAUUUACCGAUGUCAUAUCCUAACAUAGUAUUUGAACACAGGUAAAUAAAUUACAGUAUUGAUAUGAAAUUUAUAAGAGAAGAAAAAAAAAGAGAUAAAAUAUCGGCGUUAUCCUUCAAAAUAUUAUUUGAAAAACAUUAAAACAUUAGAGCAUUAAUUGAAAUUGUCCACCGAUUCUGGCAAAAAGUUGUUCCGACUUAUAGGCAGGUCAAUUGCAAAUCCCUUUAAAAUAACCUCAAAAAUCACAACCGACUUAUAGGCGGACUGACUUAUAGGCGAGUAUAUACGGUAUGUCUACAGUACUCAUAAUUAGUUUUUUUUAAAAAAAGGUACUUAAGAGAUUUUAUCCUGCUUAUUUUAUGCCACCCAAUUCAGAGAUUUUCUUUAACACUGCACAUUAGAUAUGAAGAUAUCAGAUAUAGACCCAUACUUACUUGUACAUAUUAAUCAUUAUUUUUCACCUCAGUACUUACUUGUAUAAUGUCACACAUCACAAUUUCAUGGCACCCUGUGGGAUUUUUUUUUACCACAGUAUUAAUGGCAAUUAAUCUUAGUAAUACCAUUUUAGAUUCUGUAUCACUUUUAACAUUCUGAGUAUUUCCUAUCUGUCUGUACAUGUAUAUACAAUUGUAAUUCAUUCUCUUUGAGCUCUUUUUAAAAAAAAUUGUGUAUUUUGUGUUUUGCUUUGUCAGAAUUAAUAGCAUUAUUUAGUCAUGGUUAGAUUAGACAUUUUAUUUUGAUACUGGGAAUUAGUCAAAGCAAGUUUUUAGAGGUUAUAUUAAUCAGUGCAAAAAUUUAAAAAUAUGUUGAAAUUGAAUCUUUAUUGUUUUGAUGAGACUGUUCCUUAUAAUUUUUUUUUUAAAAGACAGACUAAGAAUAUACUUUGUGUCAAGUAUCUGUUUUUUAAACAUGAUUUUAAGUUAUUGCUUUUGAUGAAAGGUACAUUUAUACAUUCAAGAGAUCUUUGUUUGAUGGUGUGUUUUUUUUUUUCAUUUUAAUAGACACAAUUGAAAAUUAUAUUCUUGCUGAUGAAAAUUAGAACAAUUUUCAUGUGCAUUUGAAGAUUUUGUUGUUUUUAAAGAAAUUUGGAUUAAUUUUCCUUUUUUUGAUAAAAUAUUUAACAGAUUUUUUUCUGUAAAAUAGAACAUGAUAGAAGAAUUGGUAAAUGUACAUUCCGCACUUUGUUACAUCAUUGUACUGACAGAAUUGUAUAAUGAGGGAAUAUCAUGUAUGACACAUGUAUGGAAGAAAAUAUUGUUACAAUAUUUCAAAAACGUU